AUGAGCGUAUCUACUACUACUACUACUACUACUACUUCCAGUGAAGAUAAAACUGGAAAUCCUGGCUUGGUCUCCACGUCUGAUGCAUUGAUUGCAUUUUCAGAUCAUAUACUUGAACAAAUUGAUGGAUUACAAAAAGUUGAAUAUAAUAAGAAAGGUAGAAAGUAUCGAUUUGUGAAUAAUACUUUUCAAAGAAUUAGACAAGAAGAUAAACAUUUAAUUAUAUACCCUGAAAAUCUUGAAGAAAAAUUAUCAUUUUAUUCAGCAUUUACAAUUUUAUACAAUAUUGGAGAAAUUUUAAACCAAUUUCCUGAUUUUUGUUGUACUAUUUUAGGAUUAGCUCAAGAAUUGGAAAAGAAUAAAUGGUAUGAACCAGAAAAUUCAAGCAUUAUUCAUUUAAAAAAUGCUAAAUAUGAUCCUAGGGAUUUAAAAGAUUUGGCAGAUGAAUAUAUUACUGAGAAUCCAAUUAAUGAUAAUCAUGUAAGUAUGGGAUUAAAUCUAAUGAUUGCUUCUAAAUUGAAUUUCUUACAUACUGAUCAUCAUAUUGGAACGAAAUUAGAGGGUCAUUAUAUGAAAUAUUUCAUUGAAUCAUAUUUUGGAGAAGAUGCUUUAUUAAGUCAUGAUGUAUUAAUUGCUUUAAAAAGUUGUGUACAUUGGGGAAAUAUUAAGGGGAUUUUAUAUAAAUUAGAUGUUCCUAAUAUUAAGAUAGAUGAUGAAUUACGUUCAAGUUUUGAUAAAUUUCCUGACCCUAUGGAAGAAUUGAAAAUUAAUGUAUAUGAUAGAUAUCCAAGUGGUACUUCCAAAUAUUCAUUAGUUAAGAAAAGUUUAGAAAUUCUUUCUGAUUGGAGUUUUUCAAAAUUGGUUCCUUGUGAUUUGGAUUUAGAUUGGUUAUUUGAAGUUUGUAAUGAUAUUGAAACUAAUCCAAUCAAAUAUCAUUUACGGUCUCAAACUAAAGAUUUAUGUGAGAACCCCGUCAACCUUUCAGAAUUGAAUAUGAAAUACGGUAAAUUGAUUAAAAAAGUAUUGGAAUAUGUCAGUUUGAUAAUUAAUAUUUUUGAAGAUACAGGUGGUGAAUUUUUAAUGCAAAAUUCCAAGAUUCCUAAACUAACUCCAGAAUUGAUUAAACAAUAUAAUGGAUUAUAUAAUAAAUUAAUUGAUACCCAUGAACAAAUAGAUAAUUACUUGAAUAAGAACUGGGAUGACGAUGAUAUUAUUGCAAGAUUAGGAGAAUGUAAAAAUUCACUUUAUAUAGCAGUAAAUAAGUAUUAUGAUGAAUAG